AUGAUUAACCACAUUGAACAUUUCCUGUCUAUUGAGGAUGCUAAAGCAAUCAAGUCAAUUCCUUUGGGUGAUCUCAACAAAGAUGAUUCUCUUAUUUGGCCAAGAGAGAAAGCGGGUAAAUAUAAGGUGAAAUCUGGCUACCACUGCUUAACUUCCAAGCUUGUAGUUCCCGAAGUCGGUAAGCCCUCUUCCUCUCACCAAAUUGAUAGUAAAGUUUGGAAAGUGAUUUGGAACUCUGGUCUACUCCCGAAAAUCUCAAACUUCCUCUGGAGAGAUAUUUCUAAUGCACUCCCCUGCUUCAGUAAUCUGUUCAAAAAGAAAGUCAUUCCAUCUCCUCUUUGUAGCCUCUGUGGUCAAUACCCUGAAACAAUUGAGCAUUGCCUUCUUCUUUGCCCUUGGACUAAACGGGUUUGGUUCGGUAGCUCACUCGGUUAUCCUCCAAAACUUGAGGAAAUCUCUACUCUUGAUUGUUGGCUUCUAAGAACCAUUGAGGAAGGUUCAAAGCUGGUCGAUGAUCCUUCAAUCUUCUUGGAGCUGUUGGGAUUCAUUCUCUUUGAAAUUUGGAAAAUGAGAUGUGCUGCUAUCUACAAGAAUGGCUUUGUAAACCCGGAUAUAGUCAUCUCAAAUGCCAAUUUCAGUUCUUUGGAAUGGGCAAAUGUUAAGAUGGUGAAUGAUUCCCUAACCUCAACUCCUUUGACAAGUAGCAGCAUACUACUUGGAAGCCUCCACCUGAGAACUUUAUCAAGAUCAACUUAG